UCUUAGCAAAGUCGGCGACAGCUGAACCCUACUUUGAUUUGCCCCAAUUGAAUCAUGCCAUGAUUGACGCUUGUUGUAAUUGUUUCCUCUUCAUACACCAACUGGUCAUAUUAAAGUUUCUAAAUUUAACGCGUAAUCAGAAUUUGCUCCCACAAAUGUCAUCAGGGUGACUCUUAUUUUGAUUCCGGUUAGGAAGAUUUUGGUUACCACUGAGGUCAAUCUUUCAUAAAAGAGGGGUGUGAUUCAAGUGUUGUUUUCGCAUUUCUACUGGUGAGGAUUGCAACUUUGCAUACUGAUGUUAGUGAAAGACCACAAUAGAGGGGAUGGAUCCAAGUCUCUGGCCUAUACACUGGCGAGAUGGAAAGAGUACAAUGCUUGGCUUGAAUCUAGCAAUGAGGCUGAGAAAGCAGUUAGAAAAGUUCCUGCCAAAGGAUCAAAGAAAGGGUGUAUGAAAGGUAAAGGAGGGCCUGAGAACACACUCUGUAACUACAGAGGAGUUAGGCAAAGAACUUGGGGAAAAUGGGUUGCUGAAAUCCGGGAGCCAAACAGAGGGAGUAGGCUCUGGUUGGGUACUUUUUCCACUGCCAUUAGUGCUGCUCUGGCUUAUGAUGAAGCAGCUAAGGCAAUGUAUGGUUCUGUUGCACGUCUUAACUUUCCCAACCUUGAAGUUUCAGCUUUAUCUGAGGAAUCAUCAAGAAAUUCACCAGCUGGUAGUCAAUGUGGUUCUGCAUUGGUGAUAUCAGAGAGUUCUGAAUGUAUGAUAUUUCCAAAUAGCUCGGAGGGAGACAAAGCUAAGGAUGAUGACAUGGAAGGCCUAUCCUUAUCCUUAAGUGUUAAACAUGAGGUAGUGUAGGGUGAAUCCGGACCAGUUCACCCCAUCUUUCAUUUUCUUGAUGUAAGUUUUGUAAACUCUUACUUGUGUCCUGCUAGAAAAUCUUAUCCUUCGUAGUAGUGGAUGAUUAGGUUAGUAUGAAUGAAUUUUGAUACUAGUACCUGGAGAUUAGCUGUUGUAAAAUUAACAUGUUUUGAAAAUUGUUCCUUCGGUUAAGUGUA